AUGGCGCUGCUGCUGAUGCUCGGCCUCUUCACCGGCUCCCUGCGCCUUGUGCACGCGCAGGGCGUGUACGCGGCCCCUACGGUACGUAUUGUGCAUGCGGCUCCGGCCUGUGACGUGGACGAGGACCGUUUCACUGAGGGAGUCCAUACCAUCAGGGAGGGACAGACGCUGGAGCUGUUGUGCCUGGUGACCGGGCACCCAAGACCUCAGAUCCGGUGGACCAAGACGUCGGGUGGGGUCUCUGAUCGUCACGGUGACGCAGCUCUGCCCAAUGAUACGUUGAGAAUUGAUUCAAUCAGUCGCCACCAAGGGGGGCGCUACUAUUGCAAAGCUGAGAAUGGACAAGGCUCCCCGGCAAUACGCUCCAUUAGAGUCGACGUCUACUACUUGGACCCUCCUGUGAUCUCGGUGCAUCAGAGUGUGGGUGAGACGGAUCAGUUCUACUCAGAUCGGACAGUGUUCCUGAGGUGUGAGGCCCGGUCCAACCCGAGUCCUGACUACACCUGGAUCAGAGGAAAGACUCCCCUGACCGAAGGCACUGAUCAAGGAGUUGACAUCUACGAGCCGCUGUUCACUCAGGGGGAGACUAAGAUCCUGAAGCUGAAGAACCUUCGUCCUGUGGACUUCUCAGAGUACAGCUGUGUGUCGUCUGUGAGAGGAGUAUGUGGCAUCAGAGACAAGAGUGCCACCUUCAGGCUCACCAACACUACAGCGCCCCCUGCAGUCCGCCUGCUCCUGCCUGACCCUGUCAUAGUAAACCCAGGUGAGAGCGUGACUCUGGGCUGCGUGCCAUCAGCAGGUGACCCGCCUCCAGCCCUCACCUGGGUGCGUGCUGGGGGGGCGGAGCUCCCCAAACAUAGCUCAGCCAAUCGCGGCGCUAUAACCGUCACCGCGGUAACAGUGGAGGAUGGGGGCGUAUACACCUGCGUCGCCACAAACAACGUGGGCAGCCCGGCCAAAAAGAACACCACCAUCCUAGUGCGAGGUCUGCGCAGGGCCCGGUUCUGGAUCACUCCGGACCCAUACCAUAACGAUGACCACAUCCAGAUCGGGCGCGAGGUGAAGAUCACCUGUCAAGUAGAGGCCACGCCCCCUGAGGAGCUGGCCUUUGAUUGGCUGAAGAACGGACGACCUCUGCGCAGCUCGGAGAGGAUGGUGAUCACACACUCAGACUCGGCGGGACCCUCAGGUCGGUCCAGUCUGGACAUCAUUGACCUUAAGUUCACAGACUUUGGCACGUACAGCUGCGUGGCAUCGCUCAGGAAUGGAGGAAGUCCAGAGAUCAGCAUCGAUGUCAACAUCUCCUCCACCACAGUUCCUCCAGAGCUGACGGUGCCUAGGGGGCGCUCUGUGCUAGUGGUGCAGGAGGGAGACUCAGUGGACCUGCAGUGCCUGGUGUCGGGGAAACCUAAACCCACUGUGCUCUGGUUCAAACUUGGCCCGAGAGCAGCGCAGAGAGUUGACGGCGCCCCCCUGUGGGAGAGUGCAGACGGGCUGAUGCACUUAUCUAAUGUGUCCCGGGACAUGUCCGGAGUCUACCGCUGUCAGACGAGUCAACUCAACGGAUUCAACGUGAGGCCCAGACAGGCGCUCAUCCUACUGCACGUGCACUACCCCCCUGUGGUGGAGCCUGUGUACGCUGAGGUGCGGCAGGCGUUGGGGAGGGCCUUCUCUCUUUCCUGCGGGCUCCUAGGGGCCCAUCCCUCCAGGGGUCUUCGCUUUGAGUGGAAGCUGGGCUCGAGGCUCCUGACGCGGGGAGAGCUGAACCAUGGACACACCCAGUACCAAGUCCGAGCUUUGAACCGCGAAGGCUACGGACUCUACACCUGCGAGAUCAGCAAUGAGGCUGGGGCCGGCAGGUGCAGCUUCCAUGUGACAGGUAAAGCAUUCGCCCCAGAGUUUUAUUACGACUCGGACUCGAGUCUGUGGCAGAAUCGGCCCUCGGUCUACGGCUUCAGACUCCUCUGGACCCAACGAGAACCCGACUCUGUGGACCGGGUCCUGGCCUACAGACUGGGCCUGAGACAGCUGUCCCAGACCCGCUGGUGGGAGCAGGAGAUCCCCAUAGACUCUGUGAUCCAGAAGGGGGCACUGCUGAGCCAUAAUCUGACAGAGCUGGUCAAACCUGAGUCGUACCUGGUCAGACUUACACCAAUCACACGCUUUGGUGAGGGCGACGCCUCCGAACGCAUCAUCGCCUACACAGCUCCCGUAAAUCCACAUCUCAGACAGUUUCGGUGCGGGUUUGAAGACCCCGCCCUCUGCCUCUGCUCUCAGGAUCGCUCGGAUCAGUUUGAUUGGACGAGACACAGUGCCGCAUCACGUGACUCCAAGUACACGCCUAACACGGGCCCGAGCGCUGAUCAUCGUGGCGACAAGAGCGGGCACUACCUGUACAUCGAGACAUCCCGCCCCCGCGUCCCUGGAGACAAGGCUCGUCUCUUCACGCCCACCUUCAACUCCGCCCCGAACUCACCUGUGCACGCAAACCCCGCCUCCAACUCUCCUGGCUCCACCUCCAACGUCCCCGGCCCCACCUACUGCUUCUCCUUCUACUACCACAUGUACGGCAAGCACAUCGGCUCUCUAAACGUGUUCCUGCGUCAGAAGACAUCAGAUUCUCAGGUGUGGAGUCUCAGUGGUAACCAGGGAGACCGCUGGAGACAGGCCCGAGUCAGCAUCCAACCCAGCUCCGCCUUCCAGAUGGUUGUGGAGGGCGUGCGAGGAGCGGGGAUAGAGGGCGAUAUUGCCAUCGAUGACAUUUCAAUAGAAGAAGGAGAGUGUAAAGACCCACCCCCCAAAAAUCUGAGGUCCUUGGCUCCGCCCCCUCCGCUCCAUAUAUGGACGCUGAGCCUGUCCCUAACUCUGGCUCUGAUUGGUCAAGAGAGGUGACCCCAGUCCAUCUCUGUCCACUUUCACACCAACAUCCAAUCACAUCCUUCAGCCCGCACCUAGACCCGCCCCCUUGCACACAGAGCCAAUCACAGCCUUGGAUCUCUCUAAACCUUGCCCCCAAAUCGACCAAA